AAAGUUCAGCAUCGAGCUGCCGUAGGUUAUUCUCUAACGUUCCAGGCUAGUCCGUCCAUUUGCUUUAUGCCAGGUUACAAAACGAGUGCACCCUCCCUGACUCUGGUUGCUCUCAUUACAUUGGUGAAGGACAUAGUUCUAGACUUGACCGCUCUCAUAACAUUGGUGAAGGACAUAGUUCUAGACUUGACCUAGCCUUGAAAAACGUACUGAAGACUGUUUAUCGACACACGAUUUGUCCUGUUGGCCAGUAUGUUUCGGAGGAGUGUAAACCUAAAAUAUAUAUUAAGCUUGGUCCCAGGUAAACGACGUCUCGGGGGUUACAGGUUCCUUCCUAUCUUUUUUUGCAUCGGAGGUUUCAUCGAGUGGAUUAUGAUCAACGUGAGGAUAGGAAAAGAGACUUUCUAUGAUGUCUACCGAAGAAAACAAUCAGAACGGGAGUACCAGCAGAAGAUUGUCCAUGGACUGAAAGAGAAUGAUGAUCCACCUUAAUGUGGACUUCAUAUGUUGCCUAAGGACACAUUCUUGGACUCAUUGCUCCCUGUCUGUUUCAGACAGACAGAAAUAAACAGCUGUGAACAUUAAGGAAUCAAGAGUGAAAGGCUGUUUGAGAAAUCACUUCCAACAUGCAGAUUUUAUUGUUUAUAUGGUCUUCAGUUUAAACACAUUAGCAACUCAGCAGUGAUAAUACUGAAAAUAACCACAACAGUGGUCCCAUUUGUUCAUGAUAACCAUGCCCAGGUGUCACUACUGGUUUGACAGUCAGUCUCUGUCGGUAUGUUAUGUUAAAAACAUUGCAUAGCACCUGCCAAGACUGAACAGUCUCAGCCUAAUUGUAGCAAAAGAAAAAAGACAAAUAGACCUUUUGGAUGAUUUUGUGCACGUGAUACUGGCAGAUAAGAAACAAAAAAACACAAGCUCUUUCUUCCCCUUAUUUAAAUCUUCCACUUCAAUCAUUUGAUUUCUGUGUAAAGAUUAAAAACUGUUACGAGGUCUUGA